AUGAUAAAUAAAGGAGAAUGUGACAGGAAUCUUAAUGAAAAGAAAAUGGAAAAGUGUCAAGACUGCCUAAAUUCGGAAAAUAAGGAAGGCCAAAGAAUGCCCCUCGGACCUGUAAGAAUCCGCAGGGCCAUUGCCCCGGUAAAGCUGAACUGCGAGGAUUUCAAGAGAGGAGAAAGAGAUGGGGAUUUAAUCUGUAGUCUUGAUAAUGCAGCUGUUUGUGGCACAGAUGGGAAAACAUAUAGCAACAGAUGUGCCCUGUGUGCAGAGAAUGCAAAGAGCAGAUCACAAAUCGACAUACAGAGUGAAGGAGAAUGUGAGAAGAAUGAUCCUGAGGAGGACGUGUGUAGUGCUUUUCGGCCCUAUGUGAAAGAUGGAAGACUUGGAUGCACACGGGAAAGCGAUCCUGUUCUUGGUCCUGAUGGGAGAACACAUGGCAAUAAGUGUGCCAUGUGUGCUGAGCUGUUUUUAAGAGAAGCUGAAGAAAAUGCCAAGAGAGAAGGUGAAACCAGAAUUCGACGAAAUGCUGAAAAGGAUUUUUGCAAGGAAUAUGAGAGCCAAGUGAGAGGUGGAAGACUUUAUUGUACACGUGAGAGUGACCCGGUCCGUGGCCCAGAUGGCAGGAUGCAUGGCAACAAGUGUGCCCUGUGUGCAGAGUUUUUCAAACGACGUUUUACAGAAGAGAAAAAUAAAGAAGAUGAGAACCUGAGAAAUGCAAAAGAAAAAAAUAAAGUUAAAAGAGAAAUUGAGAAGCUCUGCAGUGACUAUCAAGAUCAUGCAAGAAAUGGAGUCCUUUUCUGUACCAGAGAAAAUGACCCUAUUCGUGGUCCAGAUGGGAAAAUGCAUGGCAACUUGUGCUCCAUGUGCCAAGCUUUUUUCCAAGCAGAAGCUGCGGAAAGGAGAAAGAUUGAAGCAGAAAGAAGAAAUAAAAGACAAUCUGAAAAGACAGCCUCAUAUGCAGAACUGUGCAGUGAAUACCGUAACUCUAUGAGGGAUGGGAAAUUCCUUUGCACCAGAGAGAAUGACCCCAUCCAAGGCCCUGAUGGGAAAUUGCAUGGCAACACCUGCUCCAUGUGUGAGGCUUUCUUCCAAGCAGAAGAAAAGAAAAAGAAGGAAAGUGAAUCAAGAAAUAAAAGAAAUUUUGCAAAUCCAGCUUCUUUUGAGGAAUUGUGUGGUGAAUAUCGCAAGUUUAUGCUGAACGGACGACUGCUGUGCACUAGAGAGAAUGACCCCGUCCAGGGCCCAGAUGGGAAGAUGCAUGGGAACACCUGCUCCAUGUGUGACGCCCUCUUUCAACAACAAGCAAGAGCGAAGGCAAAACGAGAAGCUGCAAAGGAUCUCUGCAGUGAAUAUAAGGAUCAAGUGAGAAAUGGAAUGCUCAUAUGUACUAGGGAGAAUGAUCCAGUCAUUGGCCCAGAUGGCAAGAUGCAUGGAAACAAGUGCUCCAUGUGUGCUAGCAUGUUUCAAAUUGAAGAAGACGAGAAGAAGAAGAAUGAACAGGAAGAAAAGGAAAAAGUUGAGACUGAAAAAGUUAAAAGAGAAGCAAUACAGGAGAUUUGCAGUGAAUACCGCGACUAUGUAAGGAAUGGACGGCUCUCCUGCACUAGAGAAAAUGAUCCUGUUGAAGGUUUAGAUGGGAAAAUACAUGGCAACACUUGUUCCAUGUGUGAGGCCUUCUUUCAGCAAGAAGCAAAAGAAAAGGAAGUUAUAUCAAGAGCAAAAGUUAAAAGAUCAGCUGAAAAGGAUGAAUGCAGUGAAUAUCGAAGUCUUUUGCGAGACAGUACGCUUUUCUGCACACGAGAAAAUGAUCCUGUGCGUGGUCCAGAUGGCAAGACCCAUGGCAACAAAUGUGCCAUGUGUAAGGCAGUCUUCCAGAAAGAAGAUGAAGAGAGAAAGCGGAAAGAAAAAGAAGAUCAGAGAACUGAUUCAGGACAUGGCUCCAGUGGUGGUAGUGGUGGUGAAGGUGGAAAAGACAAGGACCAAUGUGCUGAGUUUCGGGACAAAAUGAAAGAUGGAAAACUCAGCUGUACUCGGGAGAGUGAUCCUGUACGUGAUUCUAAUGGAAAAUCAUACAACAAUAAGUGUACCAUGUGCAGAGAAAUACUGCAAAGAGAAGAAGAUGAAAAAAAAAAGAAUUCUGGUGACAGGUCAAAUGAUACUGAUUCAGCAUCAGAAAAUGAUAUCUGUGAUGAGUAUAGAAGUCAAAUGAAAGAUGGACAACUUAUCUGCACCCGAGAGAGUGAUCCUGUUCGAGGUCCAGAUGGUAAGACACAUGGCAAUAAGUGUGCUAUGUGCAAAGACAAACUGGAAAGGGAAGCAGCUGAAAAAAAGAAGAAAGAAGAAGAAGAAAAGAGAAAACCUGAUGGAAAGAGUAAUGAAAAAGAGGAUGAAUGUCAGGAAUUCCGGAGCCAGGUGAGAGGAGGGAAGCUUAUCUGCACCAGAGAAAAUGACCCUGUUCGAGGCCCAAAUGGCAAAAUGCACGUCAACAAGUGUGCUAUGUGUCGAAGCAUCUUUGAGCGAGAAGCUAGUGAAAGACAAAAGAAUGAUGAAGAAAAAUCAAGAGACACAUCCUCAAAUGACUCAAAGGACCAAUGCAGUGACCUUCGCGAGCGUGCUAGGAACGAGCAGCUCAUUUGCACUCGGGAGAACGACCCUGUGCGUGGUGCUGAUGGAAAGGUCUAUAAAAACAAGUGCUUCAUGUGCAGAGCGCUCUUUAAAAAAGAAGCUUUAGAAAAGACCAAAGUUUUGGAACUGCCAGCUCACCUUCGAACGUUGGAAGAAGAAAACAGCUCAUAUUCUCCCAGUUUAUCUCUAGAUUCUAAUAUAUGCAAACACUACAGAGUAUUGCCAAGGAUGGGUUACCUUUGCCCCAAAGAUUUCCACCCUGUCUGUGGCGAUGAUGGCCAGACAUACAAUAAUCCCUGCAUGCUUUGUCAUGAAAAUCUAAUACGCCAAACUAAUACACGCAUACAAAGUUUAGGAAGGUGUGAAGAGACCACCACCCACCCAUCAAGUUUCUCCAGCACAAGAACAGCACCCUUUCCAGGAAUUUCUGAAAAGCAAGUUUCUAAAGAAGACAUAAAUAAAAAGAAAUCUUCUACAUUGAUAGAAAAUUAUCAUAUUAUAGAAAAUAUCAAUAGUAGUCCAAAAUCAAGAAAUUACUCUCCUAUUUCAUAA